GCUACAACUGUGAAAAUGUUACACAAACAUGAUGAAAUAUAUGCACCCGCAAAAAGUGAAAUUCCACUGAAGAAUGUAACGGAGAAGACCAAUUAAAAUUCUGUACGAAAAGCGCGCACACACAACUACAAAUACAAAUACAAAUAAAAAUACAAAGUCUGAUUGAGUCAAGAUAUAGAAGGUAUACCAUAUAGUAGGAGAGGCAUCAAAAUGGGCAAAAGCCUGGCCAUGGCCCUAUUGUUGGGCGCCCUAAUUAGCAGUUGGCCUUUGGCCAGUGAGGGGGCCACAAGCAACAGUAUGAACAACAUGAACAACUAUGAAAACAGCACCAUCAACAACAACUAUGGCAACAACUCGAGUAAUUAUCUAUUCACAAACGACCAACAUGCGAAUGAUUCGAUGGACUAUGAUCCGGAUAGCUGGCCCUUGGAGCGCAUUGUAUCCACCAUAGUGCCCGUCUUUUUUGGCAUUAUUGGUUUCGCCGGACUCCUCGGCAAUGGCCUCGUCAUACUGGUUGUGGUUGCCAACCAACAGAUGCGCUCGACCACCAAUCUGCUGAUUAUCAACCUGGCCGUCUCGGAUAUCCUGUUCGUCAUCUUCUGCGUGCCAUUCACGGCCACCGACUACGUGCUGCCCGAGUGGCCAUUUGGCAAUAUGUGGUGCAAGUUUGUCCAGUACAUGAUUGUGGUCACAUGCCACUGCAGUGUGUACACAUUGGUGCUGAUGUCCUUUGAUCGCUUCCUGGCCGUUGUGCAUCCAGUGACGAGCAUGUCGCUGCGCACAGAGCGAAAUGCCACGCUAGCCAUCAUGUGUGCCUGGAUAACGAUUGUGACGACAGCGAUUCCCGUGGCUCUGUCGCACUCGGUUCGCAACUAUCAGUAUCGUGGCAACGUCGGCACCGCCUGCGUCUUCUCCACGGAGGAGGAGGUGUGGAGUCUGGUUGGCUUUCAGGUUUCCUUCUUCUUGUCAUCGUAUGUGGCACCCCUGACGCUGAUUUGCUUCCUCUAUAUGGGCAUGCUGGCGCGCCUGUGGAAAAGUGCUCCAGGCUGCAAGCCAUCCGCCGAGUCACGCAAGGGCAAGCGACGCGUCACACGAAUGGUAGUGGUUGUCGUUUUGGCAUUCGCCAUAUGCUGGCUGCCCAUCCAUGUCAUACUGGUUUUAAAGGCACUGGACAUGUACGGCGGCAGUCACUUGUCGGUCAUCAUUCAGAUCAUAUCGCAUGUGGUGGCCUACACCAACUCCUGCAUCAAUCCGAUACUCUACGCCUUUCUCUCCGACAACUUCCGCAAGGCAUUCCGCAAGGUGGUCUGGUGUGGCAGCCCACCGCCGCUUUUGGCCAAUCAACAAGUGACCAAGACCACGCGUACUGCAACCGGCAACGGAACAUCCAAUAUUGAAAUGCUCUAAGCGGCUCUGAAGAUA